CGGGACCUGGGCCGCGCGGGAGCUGGUGGUCUCCAUGGCAACCAGCGGGAACCUCGCUAGGCCCGCCUGCCGCCCACACCUCCGUGGUGCCCGCUCCCCGCCCGCGCCACGACCGGGGUCUCGGUCCCAGCCUGGCUCGUGCUCCCGCCAGAAGCUGCCCGCGCCCGCCUCCCGCCGCCGCCUCGACCUGACCUGACCGGGAAGCAGUUCCGGCGGGCUGCCGCCGCCGUGACUCAUCGGCCAGCCCGCAUCCCGGCCAUCGGGCCAUCUUGGUGGCGGCCGGCCCGGGCAGACGGAGCCGCGGAGGAAGCCGCGGAGACCCAGGGCCCUGCAGCCCACUGUGGCCUUGUGAGCGCGGCGACUCAGGAGCGACAUCCGGAGCUCGGGAUCCGCGAGGGCCUGCACCCCCUGCCUGGCCCGGGGCUGUGCGCAUCUCUGGGUCCGUCUGCCCUGCCCCUCUUGUUGGGUCUUCUCGGCCACGCUUGAGUCUUGAACCCCCACCCUUAACCCGAUUGCUCUCUGGGUCUACCCAAUUUUAGCAUCACAGGUGCUCAGGUUCUGGGUUACCCAAACCCAACCCCAACCCCCCCCCCGUCACCACCACCUUCUCCACUUUUGUCAAUCUCAGCCUUUCACUGACCUCUGGCCAACAUGGUCCAACCCCAGACCUCAAAAGCUGAAACCCCAGCCUCUGCAGCUUCUCCUAGUGCCCCCAUGGACGACGUCAUCGACACCCUGACCUCGCUGCGCCUCACCAACUCCGCGCUCAGGCGCGAGGCCUCGACCCUUCGCGCAGAGAAGGCCAACCUCACCAACAUGCUGGAGAGCGUGAUGGCGGAGCUGACCCUGUUGCGCACCCGGGCUCGGAUUCCCGGGGCGCUGCAGAUCACCCCACCAAUCUCGGCCAUUACCUCCAAUGGGACCCGACCGAUGACCACACCUCCGACCUCUCUGCCCGAGCCCUUUUCCGGAGACCCCGGCCAGCUGGCGGGCUUCUUGAUGCAGAUGGACAGAUUCAUGAUCUUCCAGGCCUCCCGCUUCCCCGGGGAGGCCGAACGAGUGGCGUUCCUCGUGUCCCGGCUCACCGGGGAGGCGGAGAAGUGGGCGAUCCCCCACAUGCAACCGGACAGCCCCUUACGAAACAACUAUCAGGGAUUCCUGGCCGAGUUGCGGAGAACCUACAAGUCUCCGCUGCGGCAUGCCCGGCGCGCGCAGAUCAGAAAAACUUCGGCCUCCAAUCGAGCCAUGCGGGAACGGCAGACCCUCUGCCGCCAGCUGGCCGCCACCGGCACAGCGCCCUGCCCGGUGCACCCAGCCUCCAGUGGGACCAGUCCAGCCCCGGCCCUGCCCACCCGAGCUCGGAACCUUUAGGAAUCGGCCAUCAUCCUGGUCGCAUCUGCAGCCAUCCAGGUAGCAUACCCCUUUGCUGCGUAGAAGAAAUGUCCAUACCACAGCAUCACUUUGUUUGAAGACGUCCCUUCCUGCCUCUGUAGACCUGCUCCAUGAGGACAUCUCCUGUCAUCACUCUGGGGCGCCCUGUGACCCACCUUGCUUCCUGGCAUCACGUACUCGCUUGGGACCUCCACUGCAUGUUUCCUUUCUCUUGCUUGCAAUUCCAGCUCUUCUAGUGGCCUCAGCUCUGCCGCUUGGUUAGUCUCACUCACAAUACACUUGGGACCAUUUGGGCUGACGUUUUCCCCAGCCUGACCAGGUUCACGGAUGCAGCUCCCCCACCCUCUGCAGGCCCUGGGGCAGUUCCCCACCUGAUCGCCCUGUUCUCGGUGAUGAGCUUGCUGGUGCCAAAAAGAAGCCUCUUUGGCCAGGCAGGUGGCUUGACCUGGAGAGGGGAGUCUGGCGUGCUGCCAGCCUCUCCAGGGCCCAGUGUAGCAGGUCGGGGCCUCAUCUCUGCUGUCAGUGUCCGAGUGAUCACGGCCGGGAGUGAGUUUCCAGGGUUCUCAGGGGGCCAGCUUCACUCUGCACAGGGGUAGGCAGUCACUGUGCCCCAUUGCUGCCCCUGGGAAGAUGGACAGUGCAGCCUUGGGAGCGGCUCCAGAGGCCGCACCCACCCCCCAUCAGUGCCUGGCUUUAGCUGCCAGUGUUUUGAUAGCACCAGGGUUGCGGGGAAUCUGGAACUUGCCUGCUCAGAAGGUCAUUGUGACUGGAAUGGCUGGGCAGUUCCACAUACGUGUCCAUCUGUGCCUGAGGCCCCCUGGCAGGCUGAGGGAUGGACUCGAGAGGCUCACUCUGCUGCCCUGGUGCCCCGUGGGAGUCAGUGGUGGUGUGCAGCCCCCUCUUCUCUCUGCCCCCCGCACGUGGAGGCGGGCCUGUCUGGCUUGAGACCAGUUCCCUUCUCCACGCAGGGGCAUGUGGCCUUCACCUCAGCUCCUGGAGCCACACACAUGGUCUCUAGGUCUCCAAAGCCUCUGUAGCAUGCCCUCCCCAGGCCUGGGCUGUCCAUCAGACAUCUAGCCUCUGUCCCAGAAAACCUGGACUCAGGGCUGGGAGCCCCAGCUCCCCUGGACCCGUCACGGAGCCCUUAAGGCGAGGGGGUGUCUGCCUGUCUGACCGCAGCCGGGGCGGUGCUGGCAUUUGCAAAGGAAAAGAGCAGUGGGCUGCCCAGGUCCGAAGGUGGCGACAGCACCGGGCUGGCGCUCGGGUCCUGAGUCCGAGAGACAGAGCCGUGCCUCCGAGUGGUGGGCGGCCUUGUGCUUUCUCCCCGGGACGCCCAGAGUCACUUUCUAGACGAGGCUUGGCCAGGCCCUUUGACCUGGGUUGCUCCUGCCUUAUUCGAUACCAAUGACGCCCUGCCCCCAGGCUGUGGGGAAAUGGGCCAUCCUUCCCUGGGUUUAUUGGUCCCGGCCUGACUGCAGGAGGAUAACCUCUGUGCUCCCCCCUACAAGCCUGCAUCUUGGGACCUCCAGAGGUUGUCUCCUAGGGACCCAUGCCCUUCUGAACAAUUUGAUGAUGCUGGGGAGAGUGACUGUGUUCUUAAAAGUCCACUGCCUGCAAAGUCAAGGUGGUUCCAUGGCUGCUGGAGUUCACGGACCACUGCCACCCCCUCAUCGUAAACUCUGUCAGCCCAAUUGCCCUGCUGAACCACUGCCUGAACAUAGGCUUCAGACCCCCCUAGAUUCCGGCCAGACUGUUCAGGCGGGACCAUGGUGCUCAUUAAGCAUGAAGUGGGGGAGACACAGGGGGACCACUCUUCAGGGGGACAUGGGCUCUCCGGUGGGGGGUGCACAGACCCUUGCACUUCCUGCUCUCUUUUGCCUGCCUGCCAAGUAGAGGUGCCCACAGCUGAAGGGGUAUGGUGGCACCCACAGGAGAGGGGGCCUGCAGGGCUAGCUGGCACCUUGAAGGUUUCCACAUGGCCUGGCCCAGCCAAGGCAGGAGACCCAGCCCGAGAGCAGGGCAGGAACUGCUUGCCAACCUUGGGGUCUUCCCAGGUGGCAUUCAGAAGUUCUACCGCAUUCGCAUCUGCGCCUUGUUUCAGCCGCUGCACCUCGCUAGGCUGAGGCCUGCCCUCUGCAUGUGGGUCCUUGUGCCCAGCCCUGGCUGCUGCCUCAGCUUCGCUUGGCUUGGUGGUGUGGCAAGCCGUUGGUGCUCACGGUUACAGGUUGGGGACUGGUGCUGUUGGACGUCCGUGGCCUUCUUGAUUGCCUCCUGCAACCUCGGAAACCGGAGUGGAUGUGAGGCUUGGGGUUGGAUUUGGAAGAAGCCCCACGGUGGGAGCCCCAGGUGGCUCUAGUGGAAGACACCCUCGUCCCCAGCUGGAGAGGACACCCACGCUCCAUGCAGCCCAGAGCAAGAACACAUGGCUGAGAGGCUCAAGUUGAAGGCAGUGGCGGAGGAGAGCUGCUCUGUACAUAUUUGGGGGUUAUGAUUUCUCUAAAUUUAAGAGAACAGAUGUUGCUUUAUAAAAGGGCCAGGCAGUUAGUAGUGUUAACUGCAUGUGAAGGAAAGGUUUAUGUUUUCACGGUGUCCACGGUACUCAGACUGCCUGUGACUGUUCCUUGGUCUCCACGUUGCCCCAUCUGGUAAGAAAGAUUCAUAGUAUAGCAGGCACCAUUUGAGAUCAGAGUUCGCAGGGGCGACCUCUGGCCUGCUGUAUUGUGCGACCUUGGGAUUAACUUAAUGUCCCAGAGCAUUUCGGUGACUUCUGGGAAAAAACCAAGACCCGUGUCCCUGGUCCCAGGUGAGUAUGUAAUGAGUCGUGACACAGAGCCCAAAAGUGCCGUGUGAAAUGCAGGUAAGACUUUGCUGAUGCGCAAGCUGCUGUUGUCAAGAGGGACAGAACCACAUGCUGGACCACGAUUCUGGCCUUGAGGAGAAUGAACAGAUGUGGGGAGAGCUGGGUAGGUGCUUAGAUUACUUUAAGGGAGCAGCCCUGUGAGUGUGUAAGAGCACACACACCCCAACCAGCUUCCAGGGCUGGGGUUUGGGCGGGAAGAGGGAGAGAACUUAGCAGAGGUUCUGUCCAUCUUGCAGCCGGAGUGGGAAGCCUGGAUCUCCUCUACCUGAGAAGCCUUAGGUCAGGGGCUUAGAGAUGAAGACACAGCUGGACUUGAGAAGGCACGAAAGCUUGGCCGUGUGGGGAGAGGGCUGGGGUUUAGGAAAAUCCCAUCACCCACCGCGGGUGGACAGAGCCAAUGACUCUGGUGUAGUUGUGGGGUCCCCGUGUUGAGUGUGGCGGGCACAGCACAGAUGCAGUAGAUGAGGCGGGGGCUACUGCUAGCCCCUUGCUGCAGCACCACUGACUCCUUCUCGUAAGUAACCACGUACUAGUUCGUAUCAUUAUCAAAGUCAACCUACACAUUAUAGAAAUUUUGGAAAAUGGAGUAGAAAGAUGUACAAUUUUAACAUUUUGGUGUCUCUCCUUGCAAUCUCCCCUCACCCCAGUCAUGGUUCCUCCGCUUCUUUAGCACUGGGACGCUACCUUCUGUAACACGGUCCUGUGUAGCUGUUCUCACUUAUGUCACGGGCAACUUUCUCAUCAUUUUGAAAUGGCUGCGUACUCCACCAUCAGGCAGUGCCAGUGGUUGAUCACCAACGCUCUUACUAAUUUUUCACCAUUGGAAGUCGACGACUAUCUUUGUGCGUAAAGCUUUCCCCGAUUCAAGUUAUUUCCUUAGGAUAGAUCCUCAGAGGUGGGAUGAUGGAAUUAAAGAAUAUGAGAACCUUCGAGGCUCUGAUUACUUAUUGACAAACAGUUUCCAGAAAUGUUUGUGUCCAUUUACACGGCCACCAGCAAGGAUAAAUGUGCCCAUCUACCAUCUUGCCAGCACUGAGUGUUCUCACCUGGUUAAAUAUUUGCUAAUCUGGUCAUGGAAAAAUAGCAUUGUAUUUUAGUUUGCAUUUCUUUUUUUUUUAAUUUCUGGCAAACUAGAACAUCUUUCACGUUAAGCAGUUGUAUUUCUUUUGUGCGUUGUCGUGUCCUCCGCUCUUACCUACUGGCAUUUGAUACGUUUGUAUGAGCUCGUUGCAUAUUAAAGAUAUUAACCUGU